UCUAUGACCAGUUCAGAGUAGCAAUGUGGCGUGUGGCCUGGCAUUUACAGGUACAUUGUACAUUGUACCCCGCCACUCGCCCGAAGAUAGCUGGGAUAGGCUCCGGCACGCCCGCGACCCUAGUGACGAUAAACGGUACGGAAUAUGGAUUUAUAAGACACAAUGUAUCUUAACGGAAGCGAUGUUUUGAACGACCUGUUUCUUGACCGCAAAGUAGACACUGUGUUAUCCGAGCGGCACGUGAAGGCGUCUACACUUGGCAGCAGGCGGCGACUUCAACCGCCCCUGUCGGCUCUCACGCGACAGCAGCACACAAAACUUCAACAGUGGCCAAAGUGAAGCCUCCGCGUUGUUCAAACUUGAGCUCAGUACGUUAGUUUGCCAUUUGCCAAGGCUCCCGUCACAUUCUGCAUGACGAGUUAACCCUAGUUCCUGUGGGUUUUAUUUUUUUUAACAAGGUUGGAAAGACAGUCGGGAACAACUUGUCAAAUCAAAGUCAAGUUAGCUUGUCAUUUUGAAAGUCGGGUUUCGUUACAAAUACUUGACGUGGACUUUUUCCAUUAAAAAAAAAAAAAAAAAAAAGCGACGAGAUUGUAAGCAGUGUACGUGUACAGUGUUACUCAUUGAGCUGGAAUCAGAGACGGUACUCCGUGAGCAGAAUUUUAAACGCUGGGCGCCUACUCCUUCGUGGAUAAAGGUGCUGAAUGGCCUCUGUUGUAGCGGUGAAAACUGAGAAACGAACUGCAGCUGACUCACAGGAUGCAGAUUCAAAUGGAAAGAAGCCCAGGAAACUGCUGCCCAGCCUGAAGACAAAGCAUGCCCCUGAGCUCGUCUUAGUGAUCGGCACUGGGAUAAGCUCCGCCGUGGCCCCACAGGUUCCUGCUCUGCGCUCCUGGAAAGGCCUUAUCCAGGCCUUGCUAGACGCCGCCAAUGACUUUGACUUACUAGAAGAGGAAGAGAGCCGGCGUUUCCAAAAGCACAUGCAGGAAGAUAAAAAUUUGGUGCAUGUGGCUCAUGACCUAAUUCAGAAACUUUCCCCGAGAACAGGCAAUGUGCGUUCCACAUUCUUCAAGGACUGCCUGUAUGAGGUGUUCGAUGAUUUGGAGUGCAAGAUGGAACACGCCGGGAAACAUCUACUGCGCUCCGUGCUGCAGUUAAUGGAGAGUGGCGCGCUGGUCCUCACCACCAACUUCGAUAACCUGUUGGAGAUCUACGCGGCUCACCAAGGCACCAAGCUGGAGUCUUUGGAUCUGACGGACGAGAAAAAGGUGUUGGAGUGGGCUCAAGAGAAGCGAAGGUUAAGCGUUUUACACAUCCAUGGUGUUUACACCAACCCGUGUGGUAUUGUGCUGCACCCCGCUGGCUACCAGAAUGUAUUGAGGAACACAGAGGUUAUGCGUGAGAUCCAGAAGCUGUACGAGACCAAAUCAUUUGUUUUCCUGGGCUGCGGUCGCACCGUUGACGACACAACCUUUCAGGCGUUGUUCUUGGAGGCUGUCAAACACAAGUCCGACCUGGAGCACUUCAUGCUUGUGCGGCGCGAGGACGUGGGGGAGUUCAAGAAGCUACGCGACAACAUGCUCGACAAAGGCAUCAAGGUCAUUUCGUACGGGGACGAAUACUCGGACCUACCCGAGUACUUGGAGCGGCUGGCCAACGAGAUCUGCUUUCGAGAUGUUUCAACCAAUGACUGGGGUAAGGUACAGUGUUCAUAUGUGGUUUGAUGGACAGAAAUUCUUAAAGGUUUACGUUACAUUUCAUUUGAUUUAGGGCAAAGGCAGUAACUACACUAUCUGCUAUCAUUCCAUCAGCCAAAUAUAAGUUCUACCAGGUGUUUUGACUAUGCAGACUAAAAUUCACUCUUGGUAUUGAAAUGUGGUUUAUUCCAGAGUGUGUUGGGUGUUUGGUUUAAGGCAUAAUGUUGCUGAUUGAAGACGCACCUCUUAGGCUGGAUUUACCCUGCAGGUCCAAGUGUUCAAUUCCAAUGUUAUGUCAAUAUCCGAUUUUGUUUUGAUUCUCUUGUUUUUUAAUGUACAUUUCAAGUGACAGAUCCCACAUGACAGAAGACAUGAAACUAGGGCUGCGGCUAUCGCGAUAUUUUUAGCAGAGAGUAUUGUAUGGAUAUUUGUGCAUGUACAGACCCUUUCCAAAAAAAAAUUUAAUAUCAUGGAAAAGAAGAUUUAUUUCCAUAAUUCCAUUCAAAAAGUUAAACUUUCAUACAUUAUAGAUUUGGGACCCACAAUUCAAACAAUUUCAAGAAUGUACCGUAUUUCCAGCUCCUAAACCCACAAAAUCAGGAAUUCAAAAAUGUUUAAUUCUGUGAAGAAAUCAGCCCAGAUAAAUGUUUUAAACUGAGUGUCACACACUAAUCAUCUACUGAACUCUCAAAGCACCUGCACAGGUUUUGCCAGGUGUCAUUUAAUUGUUUGUUUGGUUCAAUUGUCUCAGUUGGGUUCAAUAUGGGGAAGACCGCAGACUGGCCAGAAGACCAUAAUUUUUUGGAAAUGGUUUGUCAGGCGCAGGUAUUAAUUUAGGCUACUUGGGGUCACCAGAGACAUCUACUGUAGUGUGUAUGACUUUGGCUGUGUAUGGCUUUGAAAGGCAGGUUCUAGCCUCUGUGAGAGAGAGUUGGCUUAUUUCUCCAUGAAAUGGUUGGUGCAUGUGACUGCAGUAACAUUAGUACAUGUAUAAAAAUGAUCCCUGCCAAGCGUCGAGGUCUAGAUUUUGCUUCAACCUUUUUUGUAAUCAGAUUUUAGGGUAACUGCCCAAUUACUACACUGGCUGUCCUGGAAAUUAGUUUGCUUAUUUAAUGAUUGACACACCUCUUAGGUAACACAUUUAAAUGUGUAUGAUUUUGCUGUUGUUUAAUUUACAGUGGAUGUUUUUUGUUUAUUCGUGUUGUUUGGGCAGAUGUGAACGUGUAUACAUAACCAAUCAGUGUAUUUCCAUGACGUCAGACUCUCAUUGAUGGGGUACAUCUGAUCUGUGUAUACUGUACUCACAUUGGCACAUAUAUCAUACUGUUCAGAUUUGUAUCCACAUUUGGAGGUCGGUCGGUUUACAAUCUGAUUCCAUGUUUUUUUUUUUUUUUUCCUGUUCAUGACAAUUGGGACAUUUGAGAGCAAAAAAAAAAAAAAAAAAAGCAAAAAAACAUCUGAAUUGUGUCACUUGAACCAUGCAGUGUAAAUCCAGCAUAUGAUUGAAACAUGCAUGUCCAAUGAGUAUUUUCUAGAUACAGUGUAACCGCCAAAGUCGGGCACAAUUUGAUCCAUAACACUGAUUGACUUCCGAGAUGUUCUGAUUUCAACACACUUCUUCACAGAGAAAAUCAUGGAAAGUGAAUUAAUUCCAGGCUCAACCUGUCAACAUGGCAAAACUGCAAAUUAAAAUAGUUUCAAACUACUCACUCUUUGAAAACGCCUGGCAGAGAUGGGAUGUUGUUAGUCAUUAAACUUUUGUCAUUACAAAAAAAAAAGCCAAAGCAAAACACACUUCUGAGUUAAACCUUAAAAUACUCACUGAGCUGAAUACAUUUGCAUAUUUUAUUGCAUGGCGUCAUGCAUGGUGUUUUUGAUUAUAUUUUUCUCCAAAUAUCGUAACUAUGGAGGUUACACUGUACUCGUUAGCUUUGAUUGAUGACUUCAUGUGCCUACAUUUGUUUACUGUACACCCUUUCUAUCUGUAUUUCCAGGGUUUUAAAAUGGGGGGUGGGGGCAGCGGAACGGCUUUAACGGUCAGAAAUACCUCCAAGGUUAGGACUCAAUGCUUCUUCUCGCUGACAUCAAGCUGUGGCCACAUACCAGACUUUCACUGCAGGAAACGAGACUGUUCUCUUCCUUCAUGUUCGCCGGGCUAGGAAGUCAAAAGUCUGUUUGCUCCUUCGGAGUCAAAAGAACUGCUGAUGUUCCAGUAAUUUCAGCUGACUUUGCAUGAUAUGAUAGUGUUCAUGGAAGUCUUCAAUAUUGUUGACGCUGUUUUUAACAUGCACUUAAAUUCCCCAUGUUUUUUUCCACAAUGCAAUAUUUUUAUUUUGCAUUGUGCUCCCACAAGGAAUUAGUAUACUGUCUGAUCAUUGUGGCCUGUGUCUGUCAUUUUCUUUGUGGUUAUUUAAAAGGGAAGCUAAAUUGAAGUUCGGGACACUCCGGUAGAAGUACAGCAUACUGUUGAUGAUAAACUAUUCAUGAUGGAUGUGACUCACUGUGUGAUGGCCAUGAGUCGUCACAUUGGCUUGUAUGGUAAGCACAUUUUCUCGUUACACCUGCUCUCUGUGUGCAGAGCAGAUGUGAUCUAUACAUUCAAUGAGGUUGGGGUCUUCCUCACUCAACACAAAAACAGGGUAACUACUCAUUUACACUGUACUGCAUGAAUAUGUCAUGACAAUAGCUUUUUUUUUUUUUUGCAAGGCAUUGUCCUGCAAGUAGCAACUUGCCACUCCUGUGCAGAAAUGUUCUUUGUCUUUUGUAUUGUAAGUACUCGUGUUUGUGAUAUAGUAUUUAUAAGUACUAUUUUCAAAAUAAAGCUUUUGGUAUCCCA